AUAUGCCAAAACGGACAGUGCUUGGCUUUAAACCAUUGCAUAAAGAUACGUGAUCAAUAAAAGGGAAGUAGACCCCUGGGUUGGUGCAGAGGACUGCCGAUGACGUACCUGCUCUACUACGUAUUUUAAACCCUUAAAAAUCCGUAAAUUCGACUAACCCUUUCCUUGUUAAUUUCUUAUUUCCGAGAUCUAUACAUUUGACGAUAUACAUGCUAUUGUAUGUGGAUAUCUUAUAUCUAUGAUUUCCGGGAAAUUUAUGCACAAUUAAGAUCUAUAUAGAUUUGUAAACAAUUUAAAAUUGAACGCAUACUUACAUGUAACAAAUGAUAGAGUGUAUCAAGCAUCUUGCUACAUGCAUUUGUAUUGUUUUGGUACUGGGUCAUUUGACAACUACAUGUAGCGUCGAUGUUUACGCAAAAUAAGACUACUGUAUCUAAACUGUGAUUCCUACUCAGUCAUUGUGACUUAGUGUAGAAGAGUAAGAGAACUCACAUGGAGAAACCGGGACAUUAUGUAUUGUUGUUGACUGCGGUAGCAGUAAUCCUGUCACAGAGCUAUCCCUGGCAAGAGAGCGGCCUUACCACGGCCGUGGAUGGAUAUGUGCAUCCAGCAUUCCAGAAAGUCUACGAUGUGUUCAAGAAAAAUAUCAAAGCAAAUUUGGAGAAGGGAGCAUGCUUUUCUGCUUACUACAAAGGAGAAUUAGUGGUGGACAUAUGGGGUGGAUACUCCGAUAUCGAGGCUGCCCGGAAGUGGAAAAAUGACACUUUAUCCAUCAUGUUCUCAUCCACCAAAGGGGUCUCAGCUAUUCUGGUGGCGCUCUUCGUACAAAAGGGUUAUUUAGACUAUAAUAAACUCGUGUCUCAUUACUGGCCUGAGUUUAGGAAGAAUGGCAAAGAGAAUAUAACAGUGGAGAUGUUACUGAGUCAUCAGGCAGGACUCUCAAUAACGAACGGCACAAUUGAUAUCAGACUGCUGAGGACUAAUCCCCGGGAAGUAGAGGCAUUCUUGGAGGAACAGCGACCUGUAUGGAAACCGGGCACGGCCUACUCUUACCAUGUCAUCACCUUUGGAAUGUACGUGGACGUGCUGUUAAGAAAGGCCGACCCAAAGCACAGGAACGUGGACCAAAUAUUUCGAGAAGAAAUAGCCACACCCUUUGAUAUCGACAUUCACUAUGGAAUGCCCAGAAGUGAGCUGCACAGAAAUUCCCGCUUUGUUCCGCUGUCGCUGACCAAUAUCCUAAAGCACACGUUCAAGUCGUUCAGUUGGCAUCAGCUGAACGUCUUCCGCACCAUAAUGAACCCCAUGUCUAGGUUCAUGCGUGCUAGCUACUCCGGGUUCAAGCAGGAACCGACGUUUGCUGCCUUCAACAAUCCGGAUUUAAAUCAAAUUCCUCUGACUUCUUUCCUUGGAUUCGGAAACGCUCGGUCAUUGGCCAAACUAUGGGGAAUCAUAGCCAAUGGAGGAACUUAUAACAACAAGACUCUCCUGACACCAGAUAUGGUUCGUCUUUUGGGAACCCCUGUAGUUGCAGGGAGAAGUUGGGAUGGACUUUUGGAUGUGUCUGUGGGGCGCGGGGUCUUCUUUUUACCGACACCUCAGGGGCACCUGUCGUUUGGUCAUGCAGGAUAUGGCGGACAGGCAGCUUACGCCGACUUAGAGAAAAAAGUGGGACUGGGCUAUCUUACUAGCUACCUCAAGGCUUUCACGUUAGGAGAUGACGUUCAGUUUCUCCAAUACGAAGCGGCUUUCUAUGAAUGUCUAGAAAAAUAUAUCGGAGAAAAGGGCUAAACCUCGUCAUUUAAUCUUUAACCUAGGUUUUCUUAAUUAUGUAAUAUACAUUCCAGUUGAUCAGUUUUAGCUCACUUGAAUCUGUCUGUUUGUCUGUCUGUAUGUCCGCCCGUCCGUCUGUAAACUUUUCACAUUUUGAACUUCUUCUCUUAAACCACUAGGCCAAUUUCAAUCAAAUUUGGCACAAAGCAUCCCUAUGGAAACAUGAACAUAAAUUGCAAAAGCGGAAGGCUAAUUUUCAUUCAAAGCAGAGAACACCUCGAAACUGCAAAAAAAAAAGGGGGGGGGCGCAUUUUCAAAAAUCUUCUUCUCAAGAACUUCUGAGUCAAAUUUAACGUAAUUUAGCAUAACUCAUCCUUAUAGAUAGAAAAAUAUAAAUUGCAAAAAUUGAGGGCUAACUUGGUCCCAAAUUUGAGUUAUUACGAAACCAAUAAAGAUGCGGUUAAAUCAGUUUAAAGCUUUGGGUUCGAUUAUCCAAAUAUCAAAAACAAGGUUCUUUGUUUGAAGCAGCCAUGUUGGACGGGUGAUAAACGGGUCAAUCCGACAAAGAUGAAUUUGUUUGUUGUGCAACCGUUUGCGUACAAAGGGAAUCUUUGAAACAUGCAAGAUACGUUGGUGCCGAUUUUGUGAAGUAAUUUGAAGUUUGAUAUUCCAGUGCGUUGGCAUUUCACUUUUGACGAUGGUUUUAGCUUGUUUUGAUUUUCGUUUCAUUAAUUAUGCUUUGUAACUUGGGGAACUAUCGGCCGUAUUUUAUUUUGUAAUGUUUACGUAUCAAAUCAAAAACUGACUUCGGUAAAUCAGACAGCUGACUGUUUAACUGCGCCAAAUAAAACAAUCUGAUGCAUUAACAACAUACUAAAGUACAAUUCAUUCUAUUGAUAAUUCGGUAUGAUCUUUACCUAUCAAUGCAUUCUUUAACAUAAAUUAUCACGUGACAUCAUUUUACAUCCGAUUUUAUUCAUCGAUCAAGUGUGUAAGGUUACAAAACGUCACAUGAGUUCACGACAGGUAAACAACAAUUAUUUUAUAAUUGGGAAGACCAAUUAAAUUUUUUAAUGUUUUUAAUUUUAUGAAUUGAGCGCAUUGAGGUACAAUUUUCUUCUUUCACAACCAGAAAUUUGUUUUUAAAUAAAAUACAACAAGAGUUGUUUGUGAAACACUCCCUGGGAAACAUUCACAAAGAAAAUGAACGUAAACUGUAAAUAUUUGGAAUUUUUCUAAGUCCAAGGACCAUAACUCUGUUGAAAAUGGCUCGAUCGUACCCAAUAUCGAACUUAACCUAGAUAUUAUCAUGAUAAAGCUGUAUACUAAAUUUCAUUUCAAUAUGGUCAUCCUCUGCGAAGAAAAUGAGUGGAAACUGCAAAUAACUGGAAUUUUUCUAAGUUCAAGGGCCAUAACUCUGUCGAAAAUGGCUCGAUCGUACCCAAUAUCGAACUUGACCUAUAUAUUAUCAUGAUUAACCUGUAUACCAAAAUUGGCCGACAGACCGACAGACAGCAGCAAAGCAAUAUGCCCACCCUUCUUCGAAGGGGGGCAUAAUAACUAAUAAGUAGUUGAGGAAGAAAAUGUACCUAUAUAACCUCAUUUUUUGAUCCCUUUAAAAAGUAGGGGUGGGGGCGGAACAAGAUUAAAGGAAAUUAGAAUUUAACAAUGUAUCCCUACCAAAUUUUUAUUAUAUAUCUUGCAUAGGAUCUUCUUAUAUUCGGUAAAAAUGGUAUUCCAUAAAGGUACAUAUGUCAAAGAAUAAGUGAAUGCCAAAAUAAGGGCAAAAUUUGGAUAUUUAUUUUUGUAAACUACCGAGGGGCCAUAUGGCACAAUAUCCUUUGAACGCUAUCGUUGCUCAGGUGAGCGAUGUGGCCCAUGGGCCUCUUGUUAAUAAUGCAUGUACGCUAGAAUUAUAUUUUAUCUGAAAAUUGACGGAAACAAACACAUGCUCUCCAUACUGACAAUACCAUCAACAUUUUUAUUUCAAUGCAACACCCUACCUCACGGCUAAUUUGAAAUAAUAUCAAGUUAUAAUUUUUAACCGGUAAUAGAAGUUAUAAUGGUCAAAAUUGAAAAUAACUGAAGGUUCAAGAUCAAUGACUGAAAUAUGACCGGAAAUGUAUAUAUCGAAAUAGUUUGAAAUAUUUGCAAAUUAUUUUAUCAAUUUAAGAUCCAAGAACGUAUGAAACACAAAUGCCCUAGAAUCAUGAUAAAUAAAAAUCCAAGUACAUUUUCUUUCCCUUCACAUAAAUUCUUAUGCUCAACAUUCUCAAAGAUCCAAGAAUAAAUGAAAUGCAAAUUCCCUAAAAACGGAUUGAUAAAGUCUUAGUACAUUUUCUUUCCUUUCAGUGGCGUUUGAAAACACUGACAUUAUUCUCGGGUUCUUGUUUGUUUUAUAUCAUUUAUUCAUAUACAGUGUACAUCGAUGUAUAGAUAUUUAUUGAAUGAAUUAUAAUGUUAUUUUGA